AUGUCCGUCCGCAAAAACGCCGCCGCCUGGCUGACCGAAGCCAAGGCCCAUCCCUUCCAAGUCAAGGACGCCCCCUCCUACACCCCCGAGGAGAACGAAAUCCUCGUCAAGAACCACGCCGUGGCCAUUAACCCGAUCGACGGCAGCCUCCAAUCCAAGGCCUGGUGGCCCAUGAACUAUCCCACCAUCCUGGGCCAAGACGUCGCCGGCGAGGUCGUGCAGGUCGGCCGCAGCGUCACUCGCUUCCAGCCCGGCGACCGCGUGGUCGGCCUCGCUGUCGGCUUGGCCACCAAGCGCAUUCAGCACAGCGCUUUCCAAGCCUACACCAUCCUGCAAACCAACAUGGCUGCCCAGCUCCCCAGAGACAUCUCAUACGAAGACGCCGCUGUGCUGCCUCUGGGCCUCUCCACCGCCGCCGCGGGUCUCUUCCAAACGGAGUUCCUCAACCUCCAGCUCCCCACUGAGCCGCGCCCCCAGGAGACCGGGCAGGUCCUCCUAAUCUGGGGCGGAGCCGGCAGCGUCGGCAGCAACGCGAUCCAGUUAGCCCGCGCGGCUGGGUACGAAGUCUUCAGCACCGCCUCGCCCAGGAACUUCGAGUACGUUAGGAAGCUCGGUGCCGCCCAGGUCUUCGACUACCAUAGUGCGAGCGUUGUAGACGAUCUGCUGGCCGCGCUGCAGGGGAAGACGCUCGUCGGCGCAAUGGACUGCGUCGGGUUCGCGGCGACCCCUCUUACCGUCGCGGUGGUCUCCAAGGCCCAGGGUGGAAAGUUUGUGGCCACGGUCAAGGGUGGGUUCCAGGCGCCCGAGGGGGUGACGGUUAAAAGCGUGUUCGCAACCACGAUCAAGGAUAACCAUGUGGGCAAGGCUAUCUACGAGGACUUCCUGCCCAAGGCUCUAGAGGCGGGGACGUUCAUCCCGGCACCGGUUGCUUUGGUUGCUGGGAAGGGAUUAGAGAGUGUGCAGGUUGCGGUAGAUCUGCAGGCGAAGGGGACUUCGGCUCAGAAGGUGGUGGUUUCUCUGUGA